AUGGAACGAGUUGCCAUAAUCCGUGCAAAAGACACGGCGGCGAAGAAACAAUCGUCUGGAACCGAGGGAAUCGAGUGGUACCGGAAAAUAAUCACAUGUCUUGGCGAUAAAUAUACGGGAGAACGGCUGAAACAGAAAUUGUCACGGCAAUUCGCAGAGUUAUUGAUUCGCGCGACGGUUCCCAUUGAGGAGAAGUCGAUGAGUGAGGCGAUGCAGACGAAGGCGAUGAAUAUGAAACUAUACCACGGCUCGCACAAGACAUUUUUCACUCCGAAAUCAAAAAUCGAAGAGAUUAUUCUUCUUCUAUUGAUAAAUGAAGUGUUGUCGACGAGAGACGUCAUACUGUCACGGGCCGAUGAUUUGUCGAAUUCAAGGACUCUUUCACUACAGAAUGCGAAGUCAUCGUUCAAUUUAUUGACACUGGUGCUCUCAACAAUCAAUCAAUAUCAACUUCUGGCACAAAUCUACGAACGAGCGAUGAAAUUUGCAAAUAACGACUCGUUUUUGUGGCAACAAUUCGCUCUCUCCGCCAUUUGCUGUGGCCGUUUCUCUCGCGCCAUUCGAGUUUUCGAGCAAUCGAUUCUCGCGUCGACGAUCGCUUCUGAAUCCCUGAAUUCUACAAAAUCAGAUGACGUCACGACGUCAUCUUCAACGUCUUCAUCAGCGAAUUCCACGCCGAGGCGCCAGAAUCCGCGUCCGACGUCACCUGAUUCCGAUAUGUUCUCCGCGUUGAAACUGACGAAUAAUCCGUCGUGCGCCCUGUCGGUUAUCAGUGAAUAUAUGAUGAUAUCGCAGGUUUUGAUUGAGAGAUUCGGAAAUUAUGAACCAGCUAUCGAAUACUCGGCAAAAGCGAUCGAACUAUGCGCCAAAGAGGGACAACUCUCGUUUCUGAAGGCACGGUGUCAAUUGUUGCAUGCGAUCGCUUAUGGAUUCCGAGCCGCCGAAGAGCCGUCGUGGGACCUGAAAAAGGGACAACUCGCAAAAACGGUCCAAUUAAUCGAAGAAUGCGUCGGACACGAUCCCCACGACUACCUGUCGCUCUACUAUGCGGCAUACUUUCAUGCGAUUUCCAGAGAUUUGGAAUCUGCGAAAGAUCGAUGCUCGAGGAGUUUGGCACUGAAUGGAGAUCAACCCGGUGCUAUUAUGCUCUUGGCGCUGAUUUUUACGGCUUAUGGGGAUUUGAAAGGCGCCCUCGAGCUCGUCAUCAACGCUCUCACCGAAUUCGAGCACAACUACGGUCUCAUGGUGCUCCGCCUCCAUAUAGAAACGAAAUUCGGACGAAUCGAAGAAUCUCUCGAUACAUGUACUCAUCUUCUCGAUUUCUGGAAAGAAACAACCGGUUCAACAACAAUUGGCUCGCCGAGUCAAUCGUCGGAACGGCGGCAUCAGAAGCCGGCGCGGCACCCGUCAACCGCUUCAGAUUCUGUGAAUAACGGAAUCGGCGACGCUUGGUCGAAAUUCCGAACUCAAGCGGACGUCUGGAUGUGUCUGGCGGAGUUAUAUAUAGCCGAAGGACGACACGCCGAUUUGACGAAAGUUAUUGAGCAGGCGAUAACAAUGUUUCCGAGUUCACCGCAGGCGCUUUAUUUGAAGGGUCGCCUCCUCGUCUCUCGCUCUCAAAAGCUGUCCGACGACUCGCUGAGCUCCAGAAUCCGUGGAGAAGCCAAAUCGGCGUAUCUCUCCGCAUUGGCACUGGCUCCCGGUCAUUUUCCAUCAAUGUCAGCACUCGCGAAGUUAUACGAAGAGGAAGGAAAUCAGAAGAUGGCGGAGCACAUGUUGAGAGAAAUGGUGCGUGUCGAUCCGUUGAAUUGUGAAUGGUGGCAACAACUCGGCUGUUCACUGAUGAAACGUGGCGAUUCUGAACGGGCGACCGAAUGUUUGACCGCCGCCUCUCAAUUGGACCGUUCGACGCCUCUCUUGCCGUUUUCUGUCGUUCCGAUGGUGUUUCCCGCUAAUUUUCGAUGA